GGUUCGCGCGAUUCACGCACGCCGUACGAGUCGAGUCGGCCACGGCCAGUCAGUGCGACAGUAAAGUUGUCCGCUUCAUGCGCGGCGCGCGCGCUCGUCUCCAUACUAUUUUUUUCAUCUUUACUCAAAUCCUUCGUCUAGUCAAAAUGUAGUUUAGUGUUCAAACUUACCGAAUUAGUGCCCGCGUUUGCUCUGAGUGAUAUAGUUCCGUAAACGUUACACGCUACGGUCCAAAGAACAAUGCUGUGGGAAAAAAUAACGUUCAGCUGGCAUCGGCUGUCGUUCCCAGCUACCUACCGACCCGUCUCCCCCCGCGGACCGGGUGCCGGGUUCAAUGCGCCUCUCGGCGUUUAUUCAUCGUUUGUGGGAAAAGUUGACCCCCGUUUUUAAAAUUUCAUUGUUAACGAAUUCACACGAUUUCGUUAUUGUGACUGUCGCUUCUUAGAUGCUGGAUUCUGUCACUUUUAAACUAAUUUUUACUUGUCUAAAAUGUCAAAUAGUGUGACAGCGGCCUAAACGAAAAGUUAAUUAAUCGCUAAUUAGGGACCGGGAAAAACAUUGUAAAAAGCGUCAAGGCUGCGACAUUCCGCCGAUCUGUUGUAUUGUUUGUUCUAAGCUCUGCGAUGUUUGAAGAGUAUCAAAUUCUUAAUUAUCUUUGUUUGCUACGCACUGUAACGAACUGUAUGACAAAAGACUACGUUUAUGUGAAGCGACUAGUUUACACGUGAAUAUGAUUUUGUGGAACGUCCGUUGAGAGUUUAGUUUUUGAAAUGCCGGUGUGUUCAUUGUUCGCGUUCGUAGAAUGUGCGCUGUGAAUAGUCGUGAUAAUGUGCAGUGAAUGUAGUGCUUGAGGAUUUUACCUGGAAGCAGAUAAAGCCACGCAAGAUGGGUAACCAGGGCUCGUCUCCGCACGAGCCGCUGGAUCGUGCCCAGGUGCAGAAUGCUGAUUUAAAAAUGAAGUCGUCGGUGCGCAGCUCGUUGCGGCGCGCGCGCGCCGGGGCCGCGCUGUCGCCGCCGCGCGCGGGCAUGGAGCGGCUGCGUCGCUCGUUCCGCGAGUCCUUCCGCCGCCGCAAGGGCUCGCCGCCCGAGUCCGCGCGCCCGCACCAGUGGCACGCCGACGAGGCCGCCGUGCGCGCGGGCACCUGCACCUUCCCCGUCAAGUACCUCGGCUGCGUCGAGGUGUUCGAGUCGCGGGGCAUGCAAGUUUGCGAGGAGGCCUUGAAAGUACUUAGGAAUUCCCGUCGGCGUCCAGUUCGUGCGGUUUUGCAUAUCAGCGGCGAUGGUCUGCGCGUUGUCGAGGAGGAAACCAAAGGGCUCAUAGUCGACCAGACCAUAGAGAAAGUGUCAUUUUGCGCACCGGACAGAAACCACGAACGAGGUUUCAGUUAUAUUUGCCGAGACGGCACGACGCGCCGGUGGAUGUGCCACGGGUUCCUGGCGUCGCGCGACAGCGGCGAGCGACUGUCGCACGCGGUCGGAUGUGCGUUCGCCGCGUGUCUGGAGCGCAAGCAGCGCAGAGACAAGGAGUGCGCCGUGUCUAUGAGCAUCGACGCGGCCAGCCACGCCUUCACGCGCCAGGGGUCGUUUAGAAAAUCUAGCAUAACAAGCCGGCGCACGUCAGAGGCGGAGGGCCCGCCGGCGCCGCCCGCGCCCGCGCUCGCGUCCGUGCCCGCUACCGCGCCCGCUUCCGCGCCCGCCGGCACUCGCGCCGCGCCGCACAACCCGUUCGCGGUGGAGCGGCCGCACGCCGCGCCGCACCUGCUGGAGCGACAGGGCUCCUUCCGCGGGUUCGCGCACCUCAACAACAAUUCACCGUUCAAGCGGCAGAUGUCGCUGCGCAUCAGCGAGCUGCCGUCCAACCUGGAGCGGCAGCGCCUGGGGCUGGGCUCGCCGCCCGGCGCGCUGCCCGCCCUGCCCGCGCCGCCCGCCCACAGCCCGCGCCCCGACGUGCAGCCUAUUGAGGAAACAGCAAUAGAAGCGGACCCAGUGGCCGAGAUGUGUCAGCAGCUGUCUCUCGGCCUACGCGCGCUAGCCGAAGAGCCGGUGCCCGUGGCGGGCGGAGCGCUGCCGCACCCGGACGCGUGGCUCGGCAAGAUCGCGCGCGCUCCUACACUAGCCGCGGCCGGACGCGCGGCCUCCUUCGCGGGCCACUCGGCGGUCACCACCAACCCCUUCCUCACGCCGACACCCCCUUUACCAGCACCCCUUUAAGUUAGGAGACCAGUUUGUGCGACAAAACCUCAAAGGCACUUGUAACUCGAAGGGAAAUAGUCAAAGAAAUGUAUUGAAAAUAUUGGCUUCGCUUGAAACAACUCAGCACUUAAGUCAGAAGACCAGUUAAUAUGGACUUAUUAUCUGGGCGAAAAAAUUCUGUGAAAAAUAUUGCUUGAAACAACUCUAACUCUCAAGUCAAAAGAUUGGUUUAGGUAUAUGCCCCAUUUACCUGGACAGGUCUGAAGAAUUCUAUCAAAAAUAUCGCUUGAAACAACUCAAUACUCAAGUCAGAAGACCAGUUAAUAUGCUAUCUGGGCAUCAUGUACUAAGAAUUCUGUGAAAAAUAUUGCUUGAAACAACUCAACACUCAAGUCAAAAGAUCGGUUUAAGUUAAUGCCCUAUACCUGGUCAUGUCUGAAGAUUUCCAUCAAAAAUAUCGCUUGAAACAAUGGAAUACUCAAGUCAGAAGACCAAUUAAUAUGAUCUUAUUAUCUGGGCAUCAUGUCCAAAAAAUUCUAUGAAAAAUAUUGCUUGAGUCAACUCAAAACUCAAGUCAGUGGGCAUGUCUGAAGAAUUCUAUCAAAAAUAUCGGAAACAACGGAAUACUCAAGUCAAAAGGUUAAAGGGGCUUGUUACCUAAAGGGUUUCCGAAAGAAAAAUACUCAAGUCAAAGGUCAAGUUUAAGCGUCUAAAGUAAAAGGUACUUUUAACCUAAACAGUUUUUAACAACUUAAUACUCGACCCAAAAGACCAAUUUGCGCGUUAAAAUCUCAGACAUAUCUUAAAUCUUAAAUCGUAAUAAAUAAAGUACAUGACUAUCUAAUAGUGGUACAUCUUAACUGAGUGAAAAGUAGCGUAACAUAGGUAACGUAACGUAACGUAACGUAACGUAGCUGUCCACUCCUGUAUUUAGAUAUGCCGUCCUGUUUGGACGCUGUAUUUGUGAUUAGGGAAUCCAAUUUAGGUAACGCAUCCCUAGUAUAUCAUUGCAUAUCUUAUAAAUUGGAAAAUAACGAAUCUUUUCAUUUUUAUUGAAAAAAUGGCGUUUCAACACUUACUUACCAAACAUGUGACAAAAAUGUUUGACUACCCUCGUAAAUUACGCGAUUGAAAUUAUAAAUAAAAAAAUAUUUAUACUCGGUCUGGCGGAUAUCCAGUUGAAAAUUUUCCAACCAAUUUACAACAAAUAUUUUUUAACGGACCCAUAAAAAAACGAAUGAGAAACUGUCACACUACCUAUGAUCACGAAAAAUAAUUUAAAAAAAUACAGAGAGCGGUUCAUUUUCAAUUUUGAUUAAAAAAAUAGAAAAAGUAAAAUAUCCUUUAGUUAUAUAAUCGCGGAAUUGAAUUGAAUUUAUGGUGAUAAAUGCUUGAUAAAUGACAAAAGAAAAAAAAUGUCUAAGGUCAAAAAUUAUCACAUAGAUAUAAUUAUUAUAACAUGGAAACAACCAACAUUGGUUAUUUUGUAUUAAGUGGUACUCUUAAAAAAGCCAAUUUCGUUAUCGAAAUAAGCCAAAAACCACUUUAGAAAAAUUUAAUAAAUUGAUUAGUCUCUUACUUAAAUUAAAAUUUGAGACGUUAUGAUUUGUUGAAACCAUUGUCGACGCAAUGUCUAUUAUAGGAAAGCAGAAACAUAAUUAUUCAAAUAUAACCUUAAACGAGGAAAUCUGACAGUUUCAAUAUAGUCAGAAAUUCGAACUGCUGUUAAAAAUGUAUAUCAAUACGGCUUCCAAAGCCUGAAAGUAUUUUUAUUACUUAAUCGCAUGCAAUACCUAAAUAUUUAAUGGAGAAAGUAUGUUAUUCACUAAAGGCUUUAUAAAAGCUUGUAGUUUUUGAAUUUAAUCAUGAUAUUCAAUAUAAAUCGAAGUAUUUUUAACGUCUUGAAUGUCUAUUUAACUUUCUCCUUGAUAUGUCUAUAUUUAAAUGCCAAACAAAAUUGUUCCUAUGAAUACAAGUUUGGGCGGACGGAAAAUUCAACUUUUCUCCGCCUUUUGUGGCACAUACUUAAUUUGAAAUAAUAAUUGUUAUAUAACUGAUCUUUAAUGUUAUAAUUUCUUUAUUAUCUACAAAGAUUUCAGUAAAAUGGUUUCUUUUAAAACAGCGGUUUUAAAUAUAAUUGGAUGGAUGAAUGAUGAAAAUGUGCCUGAAAAGUUGGGAAACUGUGAUUGGAUAUGGUCUAAUUAUAUGCAAAUCGUUUUAAAAUUCAAAAUAUUUCAUGUAACUGCAUUUGGUUUCAUGAAUACGUACUUAAAGUGUCUAGUAUAUCUAUUUACGCUCAAAUGUCUAAAAUCACUCAAUUUAUUCGUAAAUUAGAAUCCAUUGCAAGCGUAAAUUACUUAAUAUCGUGUAUGUGUAUCACGCUUGUAGCAUAGUCGCCGGCACAUUCAAUAUGUACUUGCACACUAUAUAAAGAGUACUUAUAAAAUAAGAAUUUCCUCUAUAAGGGUACGUCGUGAGUGAUGGCGUAUCGCAUAAGCAGUGUGCCUAGUGGCAGUUUUCAAUGUUUUCAAACUGUGACCUAUGUGUUCAUUUAUACGAGCGACAGCUGCUACCGAUGAUUGCAGUCGGCGACGUCUCGGCGGCAGGACAAGGACAUAGUCCUUGUCCAGAAGGAGCGAAUUCGUCUUGGGCUUGAUUCGCGCGUAUUGCGCACGAGUCGAGAUACUAGGGACACCUUGUUGCGUCCAGUUAACGUGCGAACUCUAGAGCGAGUGCACGUUCAACUCCAUGUUUCGUACUGAAUUCCACCCCAAAUGCUAGCGCGUUGGUUGUGGACGCAACGGUCGCGCGUAAUACGCGCGAGAGAAUCGCGGCGAAUUCGCCCUUUCUGGACUGAGCCUUAGCGUUCCAAGACGUCGUGGAUAUUCAUCCUUCUCCUAACAAUUUAGCUCAUGCCCAUCUUUGAUUGCAUCAUCAGGUGAGAUUGUAGUCAAGGGCUAACUUGUAAAGAAUAAAUAAAAAUAAAAAAUUAAAAUUUGUCUAAGUCACGCGCGUUGCGGUUUCGGUAUACUCGAUUCGCUAUCACUCGAGACGUACCUACUACGAACACCAAUUUUCGGUGUGAAUUAGUUUUGACUUAUUACAAUAUUGAUAUUUUUUUAAAUAUUAUUAUAAUAUUCGUUUAAUAAAUAAACAGUCCGAAAUUACGAGAGAAUAAUUUUCGAUGUUUCUACAUGUAACGUGUUAUAAAUGACUAUUAGGUGUAUCUGUAUAUUGAUAUAAAUGUUGUACUUAAUUCCUUAAUCGAUGUGCACUGUGCUUGUAAUUUGCACCUAUGUGAACAUUUACACGAGCGGCAACUCAACCGACGAGUGCAGUCGGCGACUCUCGGCGGCAGCCAACGGCAGUCAACGACGUGUCGGCGGCAGGCGAUGGCGUCGCCGAAUGUAGUCGACUUUCGGCGGCAGGAGACGGUGUCGCCGACUGCAGUUGACUCUCGGCGGCAGGCGACGGUGUCGCCGACCGCAGUCAGCGACGUCUCGGUGGCAGGCGACGGUGUCGCCGACUGCAAUCGACUCUCGGCGGCGGUCGACAACGGUAUCCGACUGCCGUUGUCUGCCGAGACGUCGCUGACUGCAGUCGACUGCAGUCGACUGCCGUUGGCUGCCGCCGAGACGUCGCUGACUGCAGUUGACUGCCCCCGAGACGUCGCUGACUGCAGUCGACUCUCGACAACGGUCGACAACGGUCGCUGACUGCCGUUGGCUGCCGCCGAGACGUCGCUGACUGUAGUCGACUGCCGCCGAGAGUCGAGUGCAGUCGGCGACUCUCGGCGGCAGUCGCAACGGUCGCCGACUGCAGUCGACUGCCGUUGACUGCCCCCGAGACGUCGCUGACUGCAGUCGACUCUCGACAACGGUCGACAACGGUCGCUGACUGCCGUUGACUGCCGCCGAGACGUCGCUGACUGUAGUCGACUGCCGCCGAGAAGUCGCUGACUGCAGUCGAUAGUCCACUGCGGUCGUCGGUAGAGUUGCCGAUCGUGUAAAUGGAACCCUAUAGUGUUGUUUAUACGUAAGUUAAGACUUCCCAUGCUAUUCGUCCAUGGACAGUAUUAGAUAAGGCCCACGCACUGUUUCCGAGCAGCGCGUAACGAACAAACAAACAAACAAGUAUUUUUAUCAUAACAAACUACGUAACUGUAUAAUAGGGUUUUUGGAUAUAUUUUAUUUCACUCUUUUUUUUGUAUAUAAUUGUAAAUUUGUAGGAUACUUAAAUCUACACAAUUUGUGAAUCUGUUUUUUUUUUGUUUAUAUUAUUAUUUUUUAUUAUUAUUGAUGGAACUAUUGAAGUAGAAGAGAAAAAAUGUAAAAUAAUUUAAAUUUAGUUAAAAGCACGUACGUACGUUUUGUGUGACUAUUCUUCAUGUAAUGUGUUAGAAAUUACUGGAUGUUUUCUUUUUGUUAUAUUUGUAGGUAAUUAUUAAAGUAAUUUCUAAUCAUUUUUUAAAUAAAAAGAGGGUUUUAAGUAAGCAUUCUUCUCGCUCGGUUUAUAUUCGCGCAAUUGAAAACCGCCGAUAAAAAUAUGAACAUCCGUGAUUAUUAUUACGUUAUUUAAAUAAAAAAUAACCUCUUUUUGUUUUGAACAACAAAGCACAAUGAUUACUGCACAACAAUUGUUGCAUCUUACAUUCCAUGUUUCAUUAUUAUCUAACAGUUAUCGAAAUUGUUGUUUCAUAUACACUAUAGGUCUUUGGAUUUUGUUUACGUACUUCUUGAUAUUACCACAAUUUGCAUAUAUAUACAUAUAUGUAGUGUUUGUACUUAACUCUUUUGUCAUUUAAACAGUUCUAUACAAUUUCGUUUAUCUCACAGGAGUCUAUAUGUGGAGGCUGUAUUUCUACCUUCCAGGGCAAGCCUUAAAUUUCUCAAAUCUAAAAUCAUUGACUCAGAGAGUUUAUUAAAUUUAGGUACUAUCCGACGCCCCGGGGUUCACCCGCGAAGUUUUCAUCGAAUACGGGAAUAAAAUAUAACCUAUGACACUGACAAAUAACGUGGCUUUCUAAUGGUAAAAGAAUUUUCAAAAUUGGUUCAGUACAUCCAGAGAUUACCCCCUGUAAUACAACAAACUGAACCUCUUUAUAGUAUUGGUAGAUUAAAAUGAAGUUCUUGCAACAAUUUUGACGGAUUUAUGCGUUUCACUUUGACACUAGUAAAAUGUUUUUGUUUUGAAUGGAAUACUUUACAAUUUACAGAGUUAGGUACUAAUGUAUAUUUUUAGGACAAAUUUUGCCUUGUAGUACUUAAAUUUUGCGUCAAAAGUACUUAAUGCUGCAUUCUUACCCUAAAAACCCGAGGCCAAACUGGACUCCACAAUGUAAGAAAACUUCUAAAUCGGUUUAAAACUCAAAUCGCUUUGAAAAUUUGUUGAUUUGCUUUAACUGUUUACAGAAUAUUUAAUGUUAACUUAUUAUGAACGGCAUACUCCGGCGUUGUAUCACGUGAGUUUUAGGCGUGUUUUUUUUUUUGUAGAUUAAAAAAAAAUAGCCAGAAAGGCUAUUUUUUUAUAAAUAUAUACACUAUAAACACAUAAUGUAAAUAAAAAAAUCAAUGCGAAAAUGUAUUAAUCAAAUUUAAAUAUACGUGUAAUUGGAUGCGAUACAAUUACUCCAUUUAAUAAGCCACUUAUGGUAGCGUCCACAAAUCCGCAUAGUAUGCAUCGCAUCGAACGGAUUUUAGUAUUCUUUUUAUACAAGUACCGUAAAAUUAAAAAUCCGUUUGAUACGAUGCGUCCGAUUCGUACGAUCUAUGGACGCUUACCAUUAAACGUUAUUUCAAUAACACGUAUGCACGUUCAUUAAUAUGCACAUUCAAUGAAUAUAUAUCAAAUAUAAUAAUUAUUAUUGGCGGUGUCAUAAAAGUACAGUUUAUAGUAAUUUUUCCGUAACUAGAUUCUAAUAAGUACUUAUUUUACGAAGUACAAUUCCUUGUGUACCUAUUAUAUCGUCGGACAUAUUGUACUUAAUUUAUCAAAACCAGUUGUUUCCAAAACAAAUUAUUGUUGGACGUUGUUUUGUAUAUUCUUCCGAUUAUGUUUUCGGCUAAAUUAUUUAAAAUCAUGUACAUACCAGGGCAUAUGUGUAGAUAUUUUAGAUAACAAGAGUUCAAAUAUUAUGAAGAGUAAUAAAUAUUAUGAUUAGUUGAAA